CAGUAGCCAUUCCAAGUCGUUACGGUAGCCGCUUCUGCCGUAUGUUUUCGAAGGCGCACGGUAACAGCCAGUUUGUCGUCGCAAGUUUUCUUCACUUGAUGUUACAAAGUGUGCGCAAGCAAGAUUCCGCGGUCGUGUUGAUUACACCGUCUCCCUUGAAGUGUUGUACGGCGCAUCGUUCUGAUUGUGUUGUGAAGCGUAAGAAGCGCCCGAGAGUGACUCAUCACCGAAGAAAUGGCUACGGCCAUGGAAAAGCACCUCUUCAACCUCAAGUUUGCAGCCAAGGAGCUCGAGAGGAAUGCCAAGAAGUGUGAGAAGGAAGAGAAGGUGGAGAAGACCAAGCUGAAAAAGGCGAUUCAGAAGAACAACCUCGAAGGUGCCCGGAUUCAUGCGGAAAACUCCAUCCGGCAAAAGAACCAGGCCCUCAACUACCUCCGCAUGGCAUCGCGGGUCGAUGCCGUGGCGAGCCGUGUGCAGACGGCGGUCACCACCAAGAAAGUCACCAGCUCCAUGGCCGGCGUCGUCAAGUCGAUGGACGCUGCAAUGAAGAGCAUGAACCUGGAAAAGAUCUCUGGCCUGAUGGACAAGUUUGAGAAGCAGUUUGAGGACCUGGACGUGCAGGCAUCCUGCAUGGAGGACACCAUGAGUUCCACCACCACGGUCACUGCCCCACAGCACGAGGUCGAGGGCCUCAUGCAGCAGGUGGCCGACGAGGCUGGCCUGGAGUUGAACAUGGAGCUGCCCCAGGGUGUCAACAGCACCAUCGGCCAGUCGACAACGGCAUCGACAGAACAGGACGAGCUCACGCAACGCCUUGCCAAGCUGAGGCAACUGUGAUCAACGUUUCUGUGCUCGUCAACUGUUGCGCACACACUACACGAAGCUGCACGGACAGUCCCAUUUAACGGGUGCACGGCUUCUUCUUUUUUUUUUUUUUUUUCUCCUCGUUAUCUUGUGUCUAGAGCAAGACAAGCUUGAUCUUCCAGAGGGCAGCAGCGCUGCAUCUUUAAUGCUGCAACCAGAUGAAGCACUUUCGGAAACUCAAAACCCUGGAGCCAUGCUGGAGUUGGCUUUCCUGUGUAGUGCGUUGCAGGUUUUUUCCUCUUUUUUUUUUCUGUACAUAGAAAAAUUUUGACAGCGGUGUAUAGGUGUGUAGAUGCCCGUCUCGCGCAGCCGGUGCUGCCAUCUUUCAUAUAUUCCACGCUUUGUCAUCGCUGAGGUGAAAUUAAAAUUUUUAAGAGGCAGCGGCUACCACCAACCAAUUGUGGCAUGUGUGCUUGCUUCAGGGGGCAACCGAUAUUCCUGAUUUAUUUCGACGGCCAUAGAACUUAACAAAUUAUGUUCUCUCAAACACACCUAUCGGACAUGCUCUGUGGUUUUAUUUUUUUAGCAGCGGCUAGUACAACAAAAUGAGGGCAAAGAAGGAAGCCGCAACACCAGCUGGAGUUUUGCUGUAAUGGGAAGCCCACAAAUUGCUGUAGCAUUAUCCAACGAAGAGCCCGUGAGCUGAUUAUUAUUGCCAUAUUUAUAGGUUCCUAGAUGUUUGCACACCGCUGUUGUUGGGAAUAAUCAUUUUUAAGCGAAUAAAAGAAGCUUUUGCAAGUUGUA